CAGUAUUAGGAAGCGCAUGUUUCGUAACUCUCAACCGAAGGCAAAUGGCUGCGCGAUAAAGGCGACUAGAGGAGGAGUAGGGAUACACUCAGGGUAACUGCGAUGCCGGUCACAGAACACCCCUACACUACCCACCGUACGCAUCAUUAAGCAGAAGUACAAGCCUCCCGAGGAAGAAUGGUGGGUUUGUACCUGGUGGAACCUGUCCUUGCCAUCUACGCUUUUAGCACUUUCCUGACCUUUCCGCUAGUGCCGCAGUACAUUUACCGACGCCUUUGGCAAGAUCUGACCAACACCACGUAUUCUACUGAUGAUGAUGGCUCCAGAUGCAUUUCGAACAGCAGCAUCAACCACACCAACAAACAUGAGGAGGUACAGAAGGCGGCUUCCUUGUUCUCUCUGUACAGCGAACUGUCCUCCAUCAUCCCCAGCCUCAUUGUAACCCUCCUGCUGGUGGCAUACAGUGACUACAGGGGUCGCAAGAUUACCAUCAUCUUACCUGUUGUGGGCUUCCUGCUGUACGCAGUUGCCUUCCUGGCCAUUUCUUUUUUCGAGCUCAACAUCUACCUACUCAUCAUGGCCAGCUGUAUCUCGUCCAUGUUUGGGGGCUAUGCGACCAUGCUGGGUGGCUGCUUCUCCUAUGUUGCUGACCGGUGUGAUGACAAGAAGACAAAAACCCUGCGCAUGGCUGCUGUGGACAUGGUGCUGGGACUGCUUUCCGGCGUGGCAUCCCUGUGCACAGGCUACUUCUUAAGGGCAGCUGGUUUCAACUGGCCCAUCUUCACUGCAUUCUUGUUUCAAGGAGUCAACCUGUUGUAUGCCGUAUUUGUACUGGAGGAGACUGUGAAGUUACCUGAUCUCAUGACUGUCAGUGGUCCAUUACACAUCUCCUUACAGAAGCUGGGCUCUGCUAUAUACCAAAUUUUUGCAUUAGCAAGUCCAAGGACAAAGACCCUGCUUGUCUUAAUGCUCCUCAUCUUUUUCACCUUCUCAUUUUCCUUUGUGGGAAGCCUGUCCAUAGUCACAUUGUAUGAGCUGAAUGAGCCACUCUGCUGGAGUGAGAUUCUCAUUGGCUAUGGCUCAGCCCUCUCUACUUUUGUGUUCCUCACCAGCUUCAUUGGAGUCUUUGUCUUCUCUCGCUUCCUACCCAACGUAGCAAUCGUCUUCAUUGGCCUACUGUCUGUCGUGGCUGGGCUGAUCAUGACUGCCUUCGCCAAAACUACCUUGGUCAUGUUCCUUGCCAGAGUGCCAAUGCUCUUGUCUGUUAUGCCUGCCCCAGUCCUGCGCUCUAUGAUGUCCAGCAUUGUGUCAAAGACUGAACAAGGAGCACUUUUUGCAUGCGUGGCCUGCCUGGAGAGUCUAAGCACCAACGUGGCCGUAGCAGUCUUCAGCAGCAUCUAUGCUGCCACUGUGGCCUGGUUCCCAGGCUUUUGCUUCUUGCUGGGAGGACUGUUAUGUCUGUUCCCCAUCAGCAUGCUGGGCGCGGUGUGGCUCCUGGGCCCGGACAGUCGUGAGGAGGCGGAGAGGCUCAUUGCUGAAGAGGAGUCCCUCGAUGCAAAUAACAGCACACCUAUUAUAUGAUGGCCUGAAAGGGAACCAGCGCAGCUGGACUUCCUCAGUUUCUGAGUUUCACUGAAAAUAAGUGUGGUUUUUGCAGUUUCAUUUUUAAUUUUGGCAAAACAGCUGUGAAUCAUGGAGUAAUUUGGCCACACCGUUUGGCUUUUAGUUAAAAAAUUUUAACAAAAAUAUUAUUAUUGUUUACAAUGACAGCUUUCAAAUUUAAUAAUCUGUCUUUUGUAGUUGUUCCUUAUUUUUUGCUGUGAUCCACCUGCUUUUAUAGAAGCACUUUUGCAAGUUUAUUGCAACUAUAACUUGAAUAAGGUUAGAGCAGAUUGAUACUUGUAUGCAAACUUUUGUGAUCAUAUGCAUUUAAAUAAUACUCUGAUGAAAACUGGUUUUUAAUCAUUUGUGUUAUAUUACAUAACUGAAAAUUUCUCCACAGACUUCCAGUUAACUUUAUGUAGUGUUAUCAGCCCACACACCUUAUUCACCAAGGUGACUUGCACUGUUAGAUA